GUAGGCGUUUCGGGUCUUCACAACAACCCACACAACAGCACAUUCCUACCGAAGAAGGGGGGAAAACGGCCGAAUUUCGUACUUUUUCACAAAGCAGAGAGCAAGUACGAAUCCGUCCAAAAUGUGUAAAGUCAAAAUUUUGCGAGCUUUGGUCAAGCAGCGACUAAACGUGGCCGUCGAAGAGAUUUUCGGACUGUUCGAAAGAACCAUGGCGGAGUACGAGGAGGAACUUUGUCGAACAAAAGAGGAGAACGAGCGGCAACGUGAAAUUCUCGAAAAUGUUUUCAAGCAUCAAGCUGAGUUGGACGAAGGAGAUGUGCAGCAAGUCUUGGUGGAGACUCAAGAAGACGACUCCCCCUCAGAGGAAGAGCCCGUCCAAGCUGAAGUCACCCACAUUAAAGAGGAAGAACUCGACGAGUGGAAAAACGAAGAGCCCUCGCUGCAGCCCGCCGUCACCGCCGUCCGGGUCAAGCACGAAGACGACGGCGAACCCUCGUCGCUCCUCCCUAGCGAGGACAACCGAGGCGACUCCGCUCGGACGGAACGCGAAGACCGCACGGACUCUUCCGACGACGGCAAAGAACCGUCGGACUCCCGAGGCGAGAAAAAACUCUUCGUCUGCUCCGCGUGCGGCAAGACCUUCGUCAACAAAAGCGUUCUGAAAAACCACAUGGUCACGCACACGGGGGAGAAGCCCUUCGCGUGCAGCGUCUGCGACAAGCGCUUCUCCUUGAAGCAUCACGUCAACCGCCACAUGAGAAUCCACACGGGCGAGCACCCGUACUCCUGCUCGGUCUGCGCCAAAGGAUUCCGCGAUAAGUUCGGCCUGCGCAGUCACAUGAGCAAACACACCGGACAGAAACCCUUCUCCUGCCCCGUUUGCGCCAAAGGCUUGUCGUGCAACUCCUCGCUCAGGAUUCACAUGAGAUUGCACACGGAAGAGAAACCGUUCACCUGUCCCGUGUGCGGGAAAGGCUUUUCCGGCAGCUCGUCGUUCAGCGUUCAUCUCAGACAGCACACGGGGGAGAAACCGUUUGUUUGCCCCGUUUGUAGCAAAUGUUUCUCCCGGCAAGAAACGCUCACCGUGCAUAUGAAACGGCACACUGAAAACCAGUAAGUUGGAGAAACACGUCCAAUCAUCUUCCUGACGUGAAUUUUAAUGAAUUUAUAUUCAGUUUUUCAAUACAGUGAUUCCUUGCGACUUCGCGCUUCCAACUUCACGCCCAUAGUCCAUCGCAGAUUCCCCCCCCCCCAAUGAAAUAACUAAAUAAAUUACUGUAUAAGACGGCCCUGAUUAUAAGACGACCCCCUCUUUUUCAAGACUCAAGUUUGAAAAAAUACUUUUUGAACACCAAAUUUUUAUACAGAAAAUAAUUAUAGUACAUCUGAAACAAUUGAUUAUCACAAUAUAUUUGAGAGAAAACGCAUGUUAUUUUGCUUCAUUCAAAUCUUAAUAUCUGAACAUUUAAAUAUGUAAACUAAAGUGCAAUCACAUUCGUAAAUGAAUGGCUUCUGGUUUCUGAAAUGUAAAUAAACCAAUCUAUUGUGAUAAAACAACAAAAUCGCAAUAACUGCAUUAACCAUCAAAGUGAAGUCUAACUGUAACUGUCGUCUUGAAACAAAUCUGAAUAAGGAAAAACAUUGCAAUAAAAUAAUGCAAACUGGUUAAACUUGAGAGUAGCUGAGAUCUAUCAUGACAGAACAUCAAUGAUAUCUGGCGCCAUCUAGCGUCGUGAAUGGGUAUAAUGUCUACACCGUGGAUAUAAGAAGACCCCCACUUUUUCAGUCUUAUUUCAAUGCUAAAAACACCGUCUUAUAUUCGGGCCAGUACUGUAAUACAGAUGAUCCAAUCAUGUAGUCUCAAUCGCCCUCCUGCUGGUUUUCUUGGUCAGACAAUGCACUGGAGUUGCUGAUUAAAGUUAAUAAUGAUUGACAGACGUUAAGGUUUGAUCUUGCCAGAGUUGCUUGGAAGCCGACACUUCAAAGUGCCACUUGUGUCAACCAUCGUUUAGCUUGUUUAACACUUGCUGUGGCAACUCAUUGUGUGUAAGUGAGCAGCUUGAGCGGAUUUGAGUGGACUCGCUCAAUGAAGCAUUUAAUAAAGACAAAGUCACGAAAGUGAGAGCGAUCACGCCUGUGUGAUUUGGGGUCCCUCAAGUGGUUUAAUUUCCCCGUAUGCAUUUUUUAUAUACUCCAGUUCCCUCGGCACUGAGUCGGAAGGGAGCGUAGCGACUUGCUAUACUUUGCAAUGCUACAUUACGUUUUUUUUGGUUUUUUUUAUUUAAUUCGAACUCGCAUACAAACAUCUGCUUCACAAAACAGUUGACAAAAAAAAUUGACACAUACAGAUUCGCGGUUAUAUUAUUGCAUAAUAAAACAGUGAUAAUAAGAAAACUAUACAGUUUAACAUGUAAAAAUAAUACUAUUCUACAUUAUGUGUAGCGUCAGAACAACUCACACACGGUGAUUUUAUUGUGUUUGGGGUCAAUCACAUAAGAAAAAACAACAUUAGAAAUGUAUAAAAUGAUUACACAAAAACAGUAAUUUUCAAUGGGGGUUUAAAAAAAUAGUCAUUGGCAGUUGUUCAAAAUGUAAAUACGCCACAAAAUUAGAUCCCAAAACAUUUUAAUAUUAUUCCAAACACGUUAUUGUCGACAACAACGACAAAAACAGUUGCCUCAUUGGGCUUUUCAGAAAGACCAAAAAAUCAAAAUAUGCAAAUAGGUGAGUUCAAGUAGGUAAUGAGAAGUUACAUGUAUUUUCGAAAAGUGAAUCACGAAUAUGUUUUGUUACCAUGUCUAGCAGGGGCUUGAAAAUCAUCUCAAGGUAUUUUUAUUUUUAUUUUUUUUAUAAAAUUUCUUAAGAAAUAUGUAUCUAUUGUUGACAUAUAAUAAAAACACUUGUAUGACCUUUUGACCUCUCAUUUUCCAUGUGUGAGUGCAUCUGAUCAGGAACUCCAAAAAUAUAUUGCAAUUUUUAUGGCUCGCAAAAGUAAAUCAGGUGCAUCGUGUUUGUACU